UGCUUUUAUCACUCUAGUUGUCUUUGUCUUUUCCUGCUCAGACCAAACUGCCUCUACUAAGGCCGUGGCGCUGAACUUGACUCGACACUCUGCAAUGCCCUGAUAUCACUCGUGGCUCCACGAGCUCUCUCCGUGGUACAAUAUGUCAACGCGCCCUCAGGUCGGUAUCGACAGGCUGCCUGCCCGGCGUCAGACCAACGAGCCUAGAGAAUCUAUGAAUUGCAAGAGCUGCAGGAAGAGAAAGAUCAAAUGCAAUCGUAUUCGGCCGACCUGUGAAGCAUGUCAAGUAUUCGCCUGUCCUUGUGUAUAUGAUGCCGUGCCAAAAAAGAGAGGUCCAAAGACAGACGUGCUGGAAGCGCUGUUGAAGAGAGUCGAUGGCUUGGAAAAGCAAUUGCACAAUGAAAAGAAGGCGAACUCACCCGACCAGAAAGAUGGCUCUCCACAGGACGUUGGUGACAGCAAUAGCUCCAAUGGUUCCAUGGUCCAUCAAGCUCAUAUCGACAUACCUCCACCUAUGAUGAGCAACACUUCGCAGCUGUUAUCGCCAUCUGAAGCGAAUCAGCCAACGCCUAGCUUUGUGCCUGAUAUGCUCCUUGACACCUAUUUUUCGAGGAUGCAUGGUAGGCCAUACUAUAUCAUUGACGAAACGACCACUAGACAGCGACUACAGUCAAACACAAUACCAUCAUUCUUAGCGUACGCAAUAUACGCCGUAUCAGCAAGAUAUGCAUCACACGUUGGUGGCUAUAACAAUGCAGUUCGGAUUGGCCAUGAGUAUGCUCGUCGUGCUCGUAUGGAGAUUGAUAUCGAUGAACCGUCGAUUGAGAAUCUGCAGACUUUACUUCUCCUGGCACAAGCAAGUCAUCAGAGCGGCAAAGGCAAGAAGACUUAUAUGCUUCUCUCCUCCGCUAUAUCGAUGGCCUUUGCUUUGGACUUGCAUCGGGAGUUACCCCUAGGGCUCAAGAUCUCUCAGGCUGAAAGGGAGGGACGCAGACGGCUUUUCUGGGCUUGUUAUCUAAUGGACCGGUUCUCUGUGUGUGGUUCGAAGCGACCAUCUUUGAUUUCGGACGAGACUCUCAAUCUUAGACUGCCAUCAUGGCAACUGCAUCCAGGGGCAAUACCGCUGGAAGGCGAGCAUUUUCCAAACGGAUCGAAUAUCCAAUAUAUGGCCGGGUCCGGGAAAGGCUCUCAAGGGAGUUCCAGCAUGCUUAUAGGGAUCGUGCGUAUUCUGGGCAUCACGAAUCGCUACUUGGCUGCAGGUGGUGUCAAAGGAGACUCUCAUUUUCCGUGGCAUCAGCUUUCGAACCUAUCAAAGAUUCGACAAGAGCUUGACAUCUGGGCCUCCGAGACACAGGACACCUUUGCGUCGUUAGAAGCACUAUUCGGCCAGCCGGACAGUGCUAUGUUGGUACUCAGCAAGCUGAUAUAUCAUCUAAUACACUGCCUUAUAUACAGACCAUUCCUUCCUGUCGACCUGGCUGAACUAUCUGGAACGUCUCAGCAUCAGUCUUGGCAAAUAGAGGCAACGAACCUCUGCUUUCUACAUGCCAAUGCUAUCGCUGAGCUUGUCGAGAUAGGGCGUGCCUCAUCGAUACUAGAUUGGCCAGCAUUUGUAGCAUACUGUAUUUGUACUGCUGGCACAAUCCAUGUUCAUGGAGCGCAUUAUCGAGGACGCGAGGGUGAAGUCUUCUCUGCAAGCUCAGAAUUCCUCUCCCGCGAAAUGCACCAACUCUCGGAACUACGUUUCGUCUGGGCAGGAGCACAACACCAGCGAGACACUCUCCAGACAAUAUAUGGAUGCCACUCUGAGCUGGUCAAAUCGCUCGCUAGCAAUCCACUACGCUUCGCGCCCGUCUUUCAACUAGAAGACUUCUUCGACCGGUACCCAGGACAAGCAUUCGAUGGCUCGCACAUCACAUUCAUGGAUGUGACUGUUGAUGGGUUUCCCGAAGGAUUCAUGCCAUAUUCGCUUGACCAACAACAGCAACAGCAACACAACCCAUACUUCAACCAACGCACAUCAUUCUCCAACAUGAACGGCACUCUUCCAUCCUCAUCAAGCUACCAACAAUCCUACUCCACACAACAACAGCAACAGCAACAACCACACCACCAACAAACCACCCAAGAACCCCGAAAAAAGCGCCGCGCCACAAACCCAUCCAGCACAGCCCCCAAACACGACCUCCUCUCCGCACCCCAGCCCGAGUCCAGCACAACCCCCUCCUCCCUCCUCACCUUCGCCAACCUCCCAAACCCACACCUCGUCGUUCCCUCCGACUUCCCAACCGGCCUCACCCCGCCCCCGUUCUCCCCGUCCUUCCACUUCACCCCUAGGCCCGCCCACGCCGUCCUCCACGACCCAUCCGCCGCCCCAGACUCUUCCUCCUCCUCCUUCGACGCCUCCAUCUUUGCCAUGGACCACAGCAUCACGGGCUACGAGCAGCAGCCUACCCCUGGGGCGGCGAGCGCGAGCGGAUCCACGCAUACGGAUUCCGAAAAGGAUCCGUUUCUCAGCUUGCUCGAGCAGCUGGCUGAGAAUGAUGUCAAUAGGGGUGGCCCGAGCGAGCUGGAUUUCUUCAUCAAUGCAGCGGCGCGCGGGGCGGAAGAGUAAUCCGUCAGGGGCGUGGGCAUGUGAGCAAGCAAGCAAGCAAGCAAGCAAGCAAUAAUGGAAAGAUAGUUCAUUCUUCGCCAAGGGGUGGAAGGCAGUA